CCGCAACUUAACUCAGUGCCAUUAGGGAAAGGAAGAGCAAACAGUCUGCUACGGUGUCUGUCCAUCAUUCGAUCAACAAAAAUAGGUUUUGAAAGAUAUUUGGGAGAAAUAUUUAAGAAAAUAUAAAAAGUAAUUUUGGGGGGAGAGAGCAGGGGAAAUAUUUAACAUUGGCAUGUUUAAAGUGUCGCAGGAGAUUCGUUUGAAUAUAAAUGCGGCAGGGAGUGCCUCCUCUUCGUCCAUCAUCUCGGGCAUUCCAGAUCCGGAGAAAGAUGGAACUUUUGGGCGGUAUCAACGCACGCCCGAGGCGGAUGCAUAUCCCACUGAGCCGCCACACGUCUACAUAGCACCCGAAUUGACCGAUCCGAGUAAAGUGCAAUUGAUGCACUUUCCCAAUGGCGCCAUGCGUGUCGACUCUACGUUGAAUUUUAAUAUCAAACGGAAUGGAGUGAAGGGUAAUUUCGAUGUUCGUCUCGAGGGACCCAGUGGUCAGCCAGUAGCAGUGCGUCAGCAACAAUUGGACCCGGAGCGUUUCCAAAUUGAGAGCAAUCUUAAUGUUGGAGCAGGUCUUUACAAGGUUCAUAUUAAAUGCAAUUCCGUUUCCUUGCCCAGAUCACCAUUUAUUAUUGUGGUCAUUGGUGAAGGUACAAAUCCCAACCAGUUGAAACCAGAUUCGGACUUUCAAUCGGAUGCCAGUAAAAUUCAGAGUCGUGGCCUGGGUCUAAGUCACAUUAAUCUUGUGGAGCGUAAUGAAUUCACUGUGGAUGCCAGUCAAGCUGGACAUGAUAUGCUCUUUGUGGGCAUCCUUGGACCAAAAGGUUAUCCCUGUGAUGAGGUAUUUGUCAAACACUUGGGACGAAAUGUCCAUCGAGUGAUCUAUCGUGUUAGUGAAUCGGGAGCUUACAUUUUGAUAGCAAAAUGGGGAGAUGAGCAUAUACCAGGAUCUCCCUUUAGACUAAGUGCUGAAUAGAAACCCAUCUUAUUCUUAAGAAAGUCCUGAAUGUGCUUACUGGCCCAUUCAAAAACGAAAUCCUUAGGUAUACGAAUUUCUGUUUAAGAUAUAACU